AUGGAGGAUCGGCCCCUUGUAUCGACAUCGCGCAGCCUCAUGGAACGGAUCAGCUUCGGCCUUUUCGGCCUCUCCAAGCGUGUGAUACAGCGCAACUUGUCGCGCGUGCAGCCGGAAGAACCUACGCCGAGCAAGUCGACGGACCAGGCGUACGACUCCUACGGGUUCUCGGUGUCGGACAACGCCUUCGCAGACGGAAUCAGCGCAUACGAGGAUUCCUUCAAUGAAAAGCGAGAACGGCGGCUGAAGAGGUGGGACGAGAUGGACCUCAAGGGCGAGUGGGACACGAAGGAUCCGCUUCCCCUCAAGGUCCUCAUACGGAAGGGCAUACCGGACCACUACAGGGCCAAAAUGUGGUUCCAGCUGUCUGGAGCGGAAGAGUUGGGGGCGCAAAUCAGGGGACUCUACCCGAGGCUUGUCUCCCAGCCACUCGACCCCAACAUCGUCAAACAAAUCGAGAUGGACGUCUAUCGCACCUUCCCCACCAACCUGAAUUACCAGCGGCACUCGGAGGGCACGCUGCGGUUGCGAAACGUGCUGACCGCUUUUGCCAACUUCGUGCCGUCCGCUGGAUACUGCCAGAGCUUCAACUUCUUGGCGGCCAUACUGCUUAUGUUCAUGGAGGAGGAGAACGCCUUCCUCACGCUCGUACAGAUGAUCGACUCGCGCAUUGACAACAAGGGGCUGAGCGUGCUGGGCUACUACAAGGACCGCAUGCUCGCCUUGAAGCGCGACGUGCUGGUGCUGGAGAUGAUACUGCGCAAGAGGCUCAAAAAGUUGUACAACCACCUCAAAGCCAACGGAGUCGACUUCACGUGCGUCUGCGUCGAGUGGCUCCUCUGCCACUUCUGCAUAUCGCUGCCGAUUCACACGGUGUUCCGGGUGUGGGACGUGCUGUUUCACGAGGGGGAGAAGGUGCUGUUCCGCGUCGCCUUCGCCCUCUUCAAGGUGCACGAGAAGCGGCUCCUGCAACUAGACAGCGACAAGGACCUGCUCGUGUUCCUCAAAUCGAUGGGAAACGGCAUAGUGCAGCACGACGAAUUUCUCAAGGUCGCCUUCUACCACCUCUCCGCAUUCCGGCGCAGUGAUAUACAGGCGAUGAGGCAGCAGGCGACCCGCAUGGUAAAGCAGGGCAGUUUGUCUGGCGAGCUGUAG